UCGCUGCUCGCCUCUUGCGCUCCACAAGCGGCGCAGUCGCGCUCAGACCAUCACGGAGGAGGAGGCGCAUUCCGUGAGCGCGUCUCGCGUUAUUCAGCACCAUCACCAUCAGCAAGCAUCAGCCGGCCAGCCGACGUUGUGUUCAGAGAUCGGCUGUUGAACACAAUGUAGCCCGGACGAAUACAACAGUGUCUUCUCAACACAAUAAUAACAACUCUAUGUUGUGUUGAAUUGUCGACGGCUCCCUCCUCCGUAUUACAGCGACAGCGAGAGAGGGGGAAUACGUCGGAUGGGGCAAACCGAAUGCGGAUAGGCUCGGCAAUCGAGAUAUAAGCCUACAACAAAUAAGACAGAGUGGGUCACGACACAAUCACGCAUCUCGCGUGCGGCGGGGCCAUCGCAAGCCAGCCAUGUCGGUGGGCGUGGAGGUGUCGCGCGAGAGGGUCGACGGACCACCCCAAGACGGGGCCGCGCCUCUGUCACUGCCGCUGUCCGCUGCCGGAGCUGCCCCGCGACUCACCGCCAUCCGACUGGAGUCUGCGCUCGCCGGAAUCCGUCACCUCGAGAGUCUCAAGCGGCGCCAGGGGGCGCUGGUUCGUGCUGCCCUGCACGGUCCCUUCGCUGGGGAAGGGCACGGCCAGGGGCAAGUCCAGGGGCAGGGCCGUCCAGACUCGCCCCCGUCCCCCCUAGGAGGACGCGUCUGGCUGUACGCGCUGCUCGUGGGACCGCACCUGGCGAGGCAGCACGACGCCGCGUGCAGCACGCCGGGCUCCGUGCAGCUGCUGGAGCAGCGCUUCUGCGAGCUCGGCCUUCGGGGGGAGGGCGGCCCCCUCGCCGCCGGCUCGGCGACCCCCCCAGCUCAUCCGGGCGGCGGCGGCGGCGGUGGCGGCGGCGGCGGCGGCGACACGGACGGCGGGGAAAGCCCCACGGGGAGCGGAGGGCCAGCCAAGAUCUCGAGCCCCGAUGGGGUCUCGGCGGAAAGUGACAGCAGAGCGAGCUCCGGGUUUUACGAGCUGAGCGACGCGGGAACGGGCUCGCUCUCCACCUCCUGCAACUCGGUGUUCAGCGACCUCGUGCCCAGCCCGUGCCUGGGGUCCGCCCGGGGUCUGCCAAGCCUGGGUCCGUCCCGGGGGUCGCCCCCCCAGGGGUCCCCGUGCCUGAGCCAAACGAUCACGGAGCUGCAGGUGCCGGCGUCAGAACGGCGGCCGCUGUCCACAGGUGACCUGAAGAGGAUGGCAGAGGAAGACGUGAACGGUACCUCCACUGCCCCGGACGGGAAGGUCAGGCGCUCGGCUUCGGAGCACGGCUCCGUGCCACCGCCGCUUUCGCCCCCCUGGCUCACCGUCCUGGACUCGGCCGAGUCGGUGGCGCCCUCUGCCAACCCAGCAAUGACGCCCGACACCCGGAGCCACGUCCACGGCACCUCGGAGGACACCACCGAGCGACUCGACGGAUUCAUCCGGGACCUGAUCGAGCGCCGGGGCGACGGGCGCCGGUUCAAGUCUCCCGGCAAAGCUCGUCCGAUAUCGACGACCACGUCCAUCAACGGCGCUGACCGCCACCUCCGGCAUGGCAAAGCGCAGCAGUCCGGCGCGGCGAGUGCGCGCAGCGAUGCCGCUCUGCCCAUUGCGAAGCAGCAGCCGCCGACGCAGGAGGCGACGCGCGCCGCCCCGUGCGACGACGGCGCGGGCGACGAUCGGCGACCGGGCGGCAGCGGCGCAGCCGAGGCAGUCGAAGGCUCGCUCAAGGAACCGAGGGCUCACGUCACAGAUGCGAUGAAGGUCGGCUGCCUGGCCGCUCCCUUGCCGCCGCUGCCGCCGCCGCCGCCGCCGCCUCCCGUGAUGAUGGCGAUCCCCGAAGAGCAGCAGCCCCCUAAGGCGGAAAAGAUUGUCAAGUCCGCCAAAACGAGCCGCUGCAGGGAGCCCAGCGGGAGGGCCGAGCCGCACUUGAACUCUGAACCCCGGCCGGACGAGGGGAAGGGAGGCAGGCAGGCGCCCGCCAAGCGCUGCCGUUUCAGCGAGGAUGUGGAGAUCAUCCGUGACGCCGGCGGGCAGAGGGCGACAGCGGCGGCGGCGGCGGCGACAGUGGCGGGUGGCAAGGCGUGCCGCUCGCAGUCGGACAACAGCAUCGUGGGGCGACAUGGGCGCAGGACGCUGCCGGCAGGAGAAGCGUCCGGUAGGAGGAAGGACGUCGCAGCCACGGCGUCCGGAGCGACGGCUGUGGCUGCUGCAGCUUCCACGACCGCUGCGCCGCCCUUGACGGGGACUCCGCAGGUUCAGCAGCGGCAGCGGAGGCUGAGCUCGCACAGGCGCUGGCGGUCGACGGUGGAAAUCUGUCAGGGGGCGGCGGAGAGGGGCCUCGGGCUGCCCUCGCCCGCCACGGCCGCCCAGCCGCAGUGGUCAGGCCAUGCUGCCGUGGGGCAGGUUGCAACGGCGGUGGCGGCGGCGCAGAGACCGGCGACCACGGGAGGGCAAGCCGGUGGCUAUGGCACGGCCGGUCGGGCGGGCGUCCGUCGAGCAUCGCGCCGGGAUGCCGUCUGGCUGCAACAGCAACAAUCGGCAACUCGGCCAUUUUCAGCCACAAUGGGGGCGGCACGGAGGCCGAUGCCGGUGAUGGUGCCAGUAGCGCCGGCGGCGCUGGUGGGCGGAGGAGCACUGCACGGAUCGCAGCGCCUCGUCGAAAGCGACUCGGAGUACUCAGCUGAGUGCGAGUCGCUCUUCCGCACCAGCUUCGGAGCCACGGGCUCGAGUGACGACGACGACGAUGACGACGACCGUGACGAGGAAGACACGGACUGCGACGCGGACGACGCGGAAGAUGCCCGUGGUGGCGGCGUCGACACCGUGGGCCCGGCGGACGUCGCCGAAGGGGGCGGCCGCGCGGAGCCCGCCCUCGCCGGCUCCACCGCCACCUCCUCCUCCAUCUCCUCCUCCUCCUUCUUCUCAUCCUCUUCGUCGUCGUCGUCAGACGGACCCCGCGCCGGCGGCCUCGUGUGGCCCACGUACCGCCAGGGCUGCGGCGGGAGGCUCGGCGGGGGCCCUCCGGGGCCGUCCGGGCAGGGCCCGCAGGCGACGGCCGCGACCGCGGCCGCCACUGCAUCGGCGGCCGCGGCGGCUGCGGCUCAGAUCUGCCGCAUCAAAGCGUCGCACGCGCUCAAGAAGAAGAUCCUGCGCUGCCGCUCGGGGUCGCUGAAGCUCAUGACCACGGUGUGA